AUGACAGUCGCUGACACAGGUCCUGGGGCUGACACAGGUCCUGGGGCUGACACAGGUCCUGGGGCUGACACAGGUCCUGGGGCUGACACAGGUCCUGGGGCUGACACAGGUCCUGGGGCUGACACAGGUCCUGGGGCUGACACAGAUCCUGGGGCUGACAGAGGGUGGGGCUGGCGAGUGAGGUUGUGGGCCAGCAAUGUGUCGGUGGAGCCGGUGUUGUUCGUCUGCAACCUGUGCUCUCAGAUAUCGUAUGUGUCCUCUCAGGACCUUAUGGUGGAAAAAGCCUGUAAGGUGAACUUCGGACUGAGUGAAGACGUCUGCGGGAGCCUGAAGGAACAUGAUGACUCUCAGAAAGCCGUCCAGGACUUGGUUUCCAGCUUCCUAAUGUACCGGUCCAUCUUCGAGACGGCUAUCCAGGUAGUGUGGGUGCUGGUGCUGGGGUCGUGGAGCGACCGGUGGGGCCGCCGCAUGCCCUUGAUGUUCUCACUGGCCUGCCUGCUCCUGGAGUCAGCAGUCUACCUAAUUAUAAGUCUCUGCCCUUCGUGUCGCAUGGAGGUGAUUCUCAUUGGGUCUCUGCCGUAUUCCCUCAGUGGUGGGACUCACGGCCUCCUCAUGCUCUGCUUCGCGCACCUCGCGGAUCUCUCCAAGCCACGUAGACGUACGACCCGCAUGGGGUUCCUGGACGCAGCCUACUACCUCGGGGCGCCCGUAGGAACGGCGUUAGUGGGUCCGCUCCUGGACGCUGGGGGCUACGUGGCGGCCUUCCCGGCUGUCAUCGCUAUCUACGGCGUCUGCAUCCUCUACGUCGCUGUCAGAAUACAUCGUCCACAACAAAGCACUUCACAGGAGCCGUCCGGAUGUGCGACAACGGUGCGCGAAGCCGGACGACUGUGCACGACGGCCUGCGACGUGGCGCAGCUCUACGAUGCUGUGCACGUCACCGUCCAGCCUCGUCCACAGCGCGCCACUGCGCACAUUCUUCUUCUCAUCCUGGCUAUGAUGUGCGACUCUCUGCCUAUCUGGGGUGAGGCCAACGUGAAAUACUUGUUCGUCCAGCGCGCCCUCGGCUGGGGCCACACCGAGUACAGUCGCUGGGGGACCUUCGCUUCCCUCUUCAGCGUGUGCGUGAUGGUGGCAGUGGUUCCGGUGCUGAGUGCUGUGGCGGGUGUGGCGGACGGCUGGAUAGGUGUCGUGGGCGGGAUCUCCAAGACCUGUGGCAGCGUAGUCUAUGGUCUGGUCACCUCAACUAGCCUCACCUGGCUGAUCUGGACAGGAGCGGCAGUGUCCGGGGGGAGGAACAUGGCGCCGGUCUCCAUCCGCUCUCUCUUGUCUAAGCUGGCGGGGCCUCGCGCCGUUGGUAAGGUGUACGCGGUAAUGGCCACAGCGGAGUCACUCCUGCCCUUCGCUGCUGCCCCACUCUACAACGCAGUCUACUCCGCUACCAACAGCACCAGACCCUCAUCGUUCAACUUCCUCUCAGCAGGAUUCAACUUUUGCCUCACCCUCAUACUGCUAGUAGUGACGGUGUCGAUGAAGAUGGUAUCAAGGAGAGGAGCUGCCGGUAAGACGCCAGCCUCCCCUGCUGCUGGAGAUGCAGUGGACUACGUCCCAACCUGAUGCAUCAAUAUAUAUAUAUAACACAACACAGUACAGUACUCAUGACGUUCAUGCCGCCAAGCUCCUGGACGAAAUCUACGAAGUACUGGUACUUCUCUUCAAGGAACUGAAUGUUCCAGUCCCCUCACCCCCACCAAAACCAGAAAGAACGCAAUCACUGUGUAUAACAUUAAACGAUUAAACAAUGUUGAAUAAGAUUAAAUAAG